CAAACAAAAAAUAAGGUUAAUUUGUUCUCUUUACUCCAUUUUACUUUCUAUCUCUUCAAUUAAUGGAUGCAUCUAAAUGGUCACAGGGUUUUCAGGAUUUUUGCGUAGUGAACGCCAUGGAAAAGAUGGUUCCUAACACAAGGGGACCGAUGUUAGAGAGAAAAACAAGGCCACCAGAGCAAUUGAAUUGCCCAAGAUGCAACUCAACCAACACCAAGUUCUGUUAUUACAACAACUACAGCCUCACACAGCCAAGAUACUUCUGCAAGACUUGCAGAAGGUACUGGACUGAAGGUGGUUCUCUGAGGAAUGUUCCGGUCGGAGGCGGUUCGCGAAAGAACCGAAGAUCAUUGCUAUCAAACUCUUCUUCUUCCUAUCCUUCACCCAAACUGUCGGAUCUACAGCCAAAUACUUUCUCGCACUUGUCUUCUCAAAACCCUGAGCUCCAUAAUGGCCAAAAUGAUCUUAACCUGGGCUUCCCUGGUAUGCAACCGAGCCAUGGUCUAUCUCAGUAUCUACAAGUUGGUAAAGUUGAGAUCAAUGAUCACCAGCAAAAACACGCAUCGAAAGGAUUGAAUUCUUUGGUUCCAGCACCCGCACCAAACUCGACUGUUGCACCUUCCUCAACUGGGUUCUCCAUGCAAGACUACAAACCAACCCUUAGUUUUUCAAUUGAUGGACUUGAAAAUCCAGGAUCAGGCAUCCAUGGUGUUCAAGAGAAUGGAGGAAGGGUUUUCUUCCCUUUUGGUGAAAUGAAACCGAUUUCAACAAGUACUAACGAAGUUGAUCAAAACAAAGAGCAAGGCCAUUCAGCUGGAUAUUGGACCAAUGGAGUGCUAGGAGGAGGAUCAUGGUAAAGGAUAUCAUCAUCCAAU